CCGUGCGACGUCGCUAUCUAUAGAGCAAGAUGAGUCAACCAACAAGCGGGUCAAACGGGCUUUCCCAUUUUUCUCGAUUAUAAUGGAAAAUUGAAUGCCGCCGUCACCGGUUUUAUUCAGUAAACAUGGCUGCGCUGCGAGACAAAUAAACGCCGUCUCUUUCUAGCCUUGAGAGCUUGUUAUAGUGUCACAGCUGGGAAUGUGACUGAGAAAGCCGAAUGGUAAACCGGCCACAGAGAGGAAUGUUCAGGGGCAGAAUUCACAAAUAUUGUGGACAUUAUUGUUGAGGAGCGAAACAACUGGAUGUCAUUCAGCUCAAAAUGGCUACAGUGAACUGUUUUAGUGGUCCGGAAGAGCUGGAGGAUUCAAGCCAUGCACGGAAUUUGAUGAGAGAACUGAAAUUUUUUUACGACUCCCAACUUCUGGUUGAUGUUAGUAUUGAAGUGGAAGCAGGACAGGAGACGUCGGGAUGCUCCUCCAAAACGGAAACGCGGACAUUUUUCCAAUGUAACCGUAACAUCUUGGCGGCGGCCAGUCCGUAUUUCAAGAGUAUGUUUACAGGAGGACUGUACGAGAGCACUCAGAGCAAGAUUACUAUACACGACGUGGACGCGGAGUCGAUGGCGCUCAUUGUUGACUACUGCUACACCGGCAAAGUGACCAUCACUGAGGCCAACGUGCAAAAGCUCUAUUCAGCUGCCAAUAUGCUGCAGGUGGAGUACAUCAGACAUGCCUGUGCUGAUUUCAUGACCAGAAGGCUGGACCUGUCCAACUGUACAGGGAUCUUGAAAUUCGCAGACACCUUUGACAACAUGGACCUGAAAAGCAAAGCUCAAGCCUUCAUAGCAAAGCACUUUGCUCAGCUCAGUGCCAGUGAAAAAGAGCUGUGUGAACUGGACAUGAAACAAAUGAAAGAGAUCCUCACUUUGGAUUCCCUUGACAUUGACUGUGAGAGGAAAGUGUGUGCGGUUGCAAUACACUGGAUCGAACAUAAUCUGCCUCUGGAAACGGAGGAGGAUGCGUUGCACAUCCUUAAAUGUGUACGAUGGCCACUGUUCACAGAGAAGGACCGCUUCUACUUAGACAGCCUUAAGUCGAAGCCUUUUAUUAAAAAACACCUUUCGAGUUUACCCGAUUUGGCUAGUACAGGAGAGAGCAGUGUGAUUUCAAUGAACCAUACGAAGCAGAGAAUUGGUAAAAGUGCAAAAGAAAUGGUGCUGUUUUUUGGCCGACCAAAUGAACCAUUCAUGUGUUAUGACCCUUACACUGAAGAGAUUUACUCUAUGUCGUCCCCUGUCAUCAACCUCAGCAAUCAGAACUUUAAACGUUCUCCUAUGGAAACGUUCUUAGUCUGUGCCACGCCAGAAAACAACCUGUACAUAGCCUCACACUUGUCGAAGCACUUCUGGGUGUAUAAUCCGUUGCUGAAUUGCUGGCAGGAGCUGGCUGAAAGGCUGCUGGGGAGAAUGCAUUCAUACAUUGGCUACCUCAAUGGCCACAUGUACAUUCUCGGUGGCAGGGACCCUGUAUCUGAUGCCAGGCUGAAGGAGGUUGAGUGCUAUAGCAUUCAGAGGAACCAGUGGAUGUUUGUCGCUCCUUUGCCUCAUUCCUUAGGCAAGAUGCAAGUUGUGACAGUCAAUGAGCAACUAUAUGUGGUGAACAAGAGAAGAAUACUGUGCUACGAACCCAAGAGAAACCAUUGGCUUCAGCGUGGCUCUUUAAAACGCAACAAGCUGCACAAGGCCUGCGUCUUUCAGGAGCAGAUUGUCUGCCUGUGCGACAUCCCAGUAGUGAAAGUGUAUAACCCAGUCCGAGGGGAAUGGAGACGCAUCGCAGACAUACCCAUCGAUAGCAGUGCUCUCAACUACCAAGUGGUACAACACAAAAACAAACUGCUCCUGCUUACUCUUGCCAUUGUCCAUCACAACAAAAACAGGCUUGUCAUACAUGAGUAUGACUCUUCUAGGGACACAUGGAAAAACGUGGUCACCAUGUUCGGGUCCUCGUUCGGCUCAAUAAGUCUUUCCGCCCGCAUUUAUACGGCUUGCCUUAGUUCAGGACAGAACUUCAUUACAGAGGAGGACGAUGACAGUGGCUCCAGUGUAGACUGGGACUUUGGACUGACUGAUGCAGACUCAGAUUCAGGCAGCUCAAGCUCUUUUUCUGAUGAGAAUUGGUAGUAAACACUAUGU